CGUUUUUCCUUACUUUAGCCUUUACCCACCCUUUACCUCUUCUCAAGGCUGAGUAUUGGAUAUUGGUAUUGGAGUAUUAGUAGUACUUAUUAGUUCUAGUUGUGGAAUGUAGUAAGUAGGCUCCAAUGUAUAUUUUCAACUUCGUCCCCAUAACAACAUUCAGUACCGAUUUGUCACUGACAGAUAUAAUCCUAUCCUUUUCACUGUUGCUGUCAACAGUGUCAACUUCAGUGCCCUACCUACCUAUUCAUCUUUCUCGUUAUCAGCGUCAAUGCCGUCAAUAAGAUGUUUGCUGAUAAUACUAUGACUAAUUAUUUUCAAAUUCUUACUCAAUUCCCCAAGUGUCGGUGUUACUCUAUCAUCACGUAUCACGAUUCUGUAGUAAGUGUUUCUUCAAGUGUCAAGGCGAAGGCAGUGGGAUUCUUAGACUCAGCCUAGCCUACUGUAUGUUUGAUCUUAAUUUUACUAUGAUACAAGUAGGCCUACUCAGUUUUCAUAAUAAAGGUACUUAAAUGUAUAAUCAAAAGUUGAAAUGGCACCUAUUUUAUACACUCUUAGUGGAUUUGCGACAUUCUUCUUUAUAUUCUGGUGUGGGAAGUGGUUAGUGCAUCUAGCUGCAAUAAUCUAUGGGAAAUACACGCUUUAUCGUAAAGUAAACCUUCAACCAACAGAAACCCCACUGCCAGGAGUAUCGAUAAUCAAACCCUUAAUGGGCGUUGACCCCAAUUUGUAUGGAAACCUCGAAACAUUUUUCACAAUGAAUUAUCCCUUGUAUGAAAUCGUUUUCUGCAUAGAAGAUGAAAAUGAUCCAGCUAUAAUGCUUGUUAAAAAACUUAUAGAAAAAUACCCUUUAGUGGAUGCUAGUAUAUUCAUUGGUGGAGCAGUUGUUGGUGUGAACCCAAAAAUCAACAACAUGCAGCCUGGGUACUUGGCAUCCAAGUACCCUUUGGUGCUCAUUUCUGACAGUGGGAUCAGAAUGAAAGAAGACACAUUGUUGGACAUGGUCCAGUUGAUGAGUGAUGAUGUUGGAUUGGUUCAUCAAUUACCCUUCACCUGUGACAGGGAAGGAUUUGCAGCAACAGUAGAAAAGAUAUAUUUCGGAACCAUUGUGGCUCGCAUUUACCUGGUAGCUGAUCUUCUCAGGAUCAACUGUCACACAGGCAUGUCUGCACUCAUGCGCAAGUGUCUUAUUAACGAGGUUGGUGGGAUCCAAGCUUUCAGCUGCUACCUUGCAGAAGAUUUCUUUUUUGCCAAGUCUUUCUCCGAUAGAGGCUGGAGGAUACGAGUGGCCAGUCUUCCAGCCCUUCAGAAUUCUGGGUUGUGUGAAAUUACCAGUUUCCAAGCUCGGUUACAGAGGUGGGCCAAACUAAGGGUAGCAAUGCUGCCUCACACUAUUCUCCUAGAACCAUUGUCUGAAUGCUUUGUACUCGGAGCUUGCGCAGCAUGGUCGGCUAACUACCUCUUUGGAUGGGAGCCUCUAGUUUUCUUCCUCGUUCACGUUUUGUUCUGGUUUUUCUUAGACUGGAUUCUCCUAUCAGUUGUGCAGAAUGGGUCGCUGCCAUUCAGCAAGUUUGACUUUGUGAUAGGGUGGUUGUUUAGAGGGAUCAGUGGUCCGUAUUUGUUCCUGUACGCAGUGUGGGAUCCAACCAUCAGAUGGCGAUCGCGCACGUAUCGUCUGCGCUGGGGAGGCAUUGCAGAGGAGUGUCAUCCCAAGGUGAAAAUGUGAGAUUGGUUGGAUACUCGCAAAUACAUGCCUCUCACUAUUUACGCUUAAAUCGCUCGCUUGAUGUUUUGCGAGGAACUAAUUCAACGUUUUGUAUAAUCUUAUAUUACACCCGAGUAGUACAGUCCUUUUAUAUUUGUCGUUAGGUUUAAUAAACCAAACAUAUCAACUGGGGAGUUUGAAGAGUGAACAAACAGUUAUGGUAACAAUAUUGGGUACUUAUGUUACUUAUCAUACUGCCUACUAUUAUUAUAUUAUAUUUGUUUAUACCUAUUAUUAUAAGUUUGUAAACAUAGUUUUAAAUUGUGUAAUAAGGUUUGCUUUUUAGAAUUGCGAGGUAAGAUAUUUUACAAGAUUUCAAACCACCUAGAUUCAGUUUAUUGUCUGAUUUUGUUAACUAAAGAUAUCUUGUUGAAAGAACAAACAUUACAAAAAAGGUCUAACCUCUACAAUUAAUUAUUGAAAAGCCUGUGCUAUGCAAUACUGCUCAAAUUUUAAAAGAACAAUUUUUGUUUUUCAUCCAUUUCGAUAUUGACCGUCUUGCAAUAAUUUGAUAUCAUUGAUUCAUUAAGUACAUCACCACAAACUAACUUAAAAUUGUUUAUAAUAUCAUUGGAUUGAACUUAUAAAAAUUAGCAUGGAUGUGAUUUUUAAACUAAGUUAUCUCCUCUGUAAAGUAAUUCUCUGUUGUACCUUUUCAGGUUUAAAAUAAUACCAAAAUGAGGAAAUACGAUUUUAUAAUUGUUUUAAAAUGGCAUAUACUUCCUUGGUUCCUUUGUUUUGAGGAAUGUUACAAAACAUAAUGCAACCAAUAUUUUUUAUACUAUUUCUUAUUCUUAGACUCUAUAAAAUAUUCAUCUACAAUAUAACUAGCUCCUUUCGAUAGCAACAACCUAUUCAUAGCUUAUGAAAAUAACUUCAUAGCAAACAAAUUUGAAGCUUAGACAUAAAAUUAAAUUACCUUUAUGAUCAAAUUUACUGUAAAAAGUCGAUAUUACUAAAAGAUCCAUAUUAAAGAUUAAUUAUAUUUAUUAAAUAGGUUAUUGAGCAUAUAAAUCCUUCUUUAUUGUGGAGAACUUAGGACCUCAUGGCCCUUUCUUACAGUUAACCUCUAAAAACUAAUAAUAACAACAAAACCAAAUCAGUUAAUGUACUACUUAUAGCAAAUAUUCAUUAUUUUGUCUUCCAAAUUAGAAGAAUUAAAACAAUAACGUAUCGUACUGAAACUUCCAGCAGAGAUUGUAGUAAGUUUUGCAAGAGAAUUGCUUUUCUUUAACAUGAAAGACAAAGAACUUAAUGUGAAUUAAAAUGCUUACUCUUGACUCGAAGUACAAGAAAGUAUGCCGUUUCAUGCAUAUGUUAUUGUUUUAAACUUAUUUAAUAUAAUUUGUCUUCCUGCUCAACACGAAAGUCUUCUUACUUUUACUUUAGUAAAUAUCUGUAGUAUUUGAAAUGAACAAAAUUGAGAAAGGUAAAAUUGAAUAUAGCUGUUUUCUUGUAUCGUCAUAAAGUAAUAAGGUUUGUUGUUGAUUAUGAUGGCUCUAGUAGGCUAUUGUGUUUAAGUUUUUUAGUUAACAAGAAUAUUUGUUGUGAUCUAUUCAUAGAAUAGUGAUACUUUUUGUUUACAAUAUUGAAUUUUAACAUGUUUCCUUUGAACUCUUUUUUUCCGUAAAACCUUAUAUAUAUAUUUUCAGGGUUAUAACCGGUGUAGAUUUAGAAAUACAUAAAUGAUACUCCUUCUAAUCAUUGUUAAACUUCCAAAUUCAUUCCAUAUUUUUUUAUUUAAAGCUGCCAAAAUUUUAACAGGUGAUUAUUAUACAUUUAUUAUAUACAUUAGCCAUCUUCUCAACUAUUUACAGACAUUUUACUGAUAUUAUUGUGCUGAAACCUUAAUGAUUGUUUAAUUUUUAAUAUAUUUCAAGAUUAAACAAUAAACAUGAACAAAUUUAUAAAAUUUUUUUAUGAAUGUUGGGCAAAGAGUUGUGUGUUCAAUUUUAUUUUUUCGACAAAAUUGUAGGAAAUAUAUUGUGGGAUUGAUUUGGUAUUAUAAUAAACUACAUUUAUCGUGAUUCAGCUACGCUAGCAAUAUAUUUAUCAUUUAUUUUAUGAUUCUCCCUUGACUUGUGUCUUCCCAGUUGUGUUGUAAGUAUUUACUUAAAUAGAUCUUUGUUAAAAAAACAUGAAUUGAUCCGUAUGAACCAAUACAAUAUUGUAGUUAAAUGUUUCUGAGCCUAAUGCUGUACUUUUUGUCUAAUUAUGAAGGAUUCGUCUUAUAGGAUAGUCUUAAAAAGGAAAAAAAAAUAUUAGAACGAUCUAGCUCAGAUUGAGUUUAUUCAUUUGAUUAUUUUCAUAGGAAUAAUUGAAUUUUUUUAUGUUGAUUGAUUUAUACAAAAAUCUCAAAACUAGUUUUAUUUAUAUAGUUAUUGAAUUUUUCAGUCAUUAUGUCUAUGCUAAUCACCUAAAUUAUAAUAAUGUAUUCUAAACUAGGCAAUGUAAACCUCUUAUCUGACAACUUAUUCCAAAGAAUCCUGCAGGUUUUUACAUUUUUGUGAUAAAAAUAUUGGUUAUGUUGGUUCUCUGACACAGUCAGAUUUUAAUUUCCAGUCCAACAGGUUUAACCAAGAAGUUGACCCUCAUUAGCGAUGCGAGCCAGCAUAGGUAUGUUCCUUGGCCCUACUACCCCAGGCCUAGAAUCUAGUGCUAGUGACACAGCGCCAAAAUCUCAGAUACAGGAGUUUGGUUAAAAAAUAAAUGUAAAUUGAUAUAGAAGUUUUAUUUAAUUUUCGGAGUUCAUUUUAUGAAGAUGACCUCAACCCCAAUAUCUGUGAUUUUGGUGCUGUGUCACUAGCACUAGAUUCUAGGCCUGGGGUAGUAGGGCCAAGGAACAUACUUAUGUACCAGACUGUAUAUUAAACUGCGGCCUUGUGUCAGAGUUCCUAACCCUCGCUCGGGUCAACCCCUUGGACUGGAAAUUUAAAUCUGACUGUGUCAGAGAACCAAUGUGGCCAAAAUAUUACACCUUUCCAAUCAAUGAAGAGUGGUUGUAAAACUUAAACCUUAUUACUUUAUUUACUUUUGGUUUUUGUCAAUUUGUCUUAAAAAUAUCUGGAACCUAGGACAGUAGGGGGGAAAUAAAAACAAUUGUAAACAUUCGUAAUAUGGGUCCAACGGUAAUAAUGUAUUUCUUAACAAAACUAUGUUUUUAAUUUCUAAGUAAUUGUUUCCUUGAAAGCAAAAUAAGAUGAAAUAAAUGUUACCAUAUGAUACUGGUUGUUUUGAAAACUUGUUAUUGUGUUAAAUCACUUUUCUUAUAAGUUUUAAGACUGCUUAAAAUCAUGAAAUGUAUAGAGGUGAAUACGUAGUGCCUGAAAACUGAGUUCGGGCUCCUUUAUUGAAAUGUAAAUGUCCAGUUGAUCGUAAAUGAAAUUAGGAGAAAUCCAUAGUUGCUAAAUUCAAACCAAAAUAAUUGACUUGUGGGAUGCCAAUCUUAGCUAGGCAAGAAUAAAUGUGGUUGGUAAAAUUAUAAGUUUGAUUAAUUCUUAAUUAUAGAGGAAGCUAACACAGGGUUUUAUCUACGAUAUUUCUGUUACAUUUGACCCUCUUCUAAAUUGGUGGAUAUUUUUUAUAUUACAGUAAAACACCUUGAUUUCGCUUUAGUCAGCUGUAUCCUGGAGUUGAACGAGAUUAUUUUUUUACUUUUGAGUGUGUUCUUUACUUAGUACAAAAAUAGUAAAAGUAUUGUUAGAGUUGUUUGAGGUUGUGACGUACAUUGUAUCAUAAGUUGUGUUUUGCCAUUGAGGAGUAAGUAGGCCGAAGAAAAAUUUUUGUUCGGUAAUUACUGGGUCAUGACAUUGUUCCAGAUUGAAUUAAUUCCUUAUACAUACCAUAAAGCAUUGUAGAUAUCAGCUGUUUUUUGAGGCUGCAUUGCCAGUAUUUAAAUCUUUUUAUUUUUCAGUCACCAUCUUUGGAUUAAUCUGUGAUAAAGGAUAUCAAAUACUUUAGCGAUUUAGCGUUUGUGAGUGACAUUAGUAUAUUGCAUUUUUUGAAAUGGAGAAGAAAAAAAUCCACUUUAUGGAAAAGUGCUUGCUUUGUUAAAAUUCACUUUAAUAUUCAGAGAUGAAAAAUUAUUUAGUAGGACAAACCAGCUUGUGAUUUCUAGUUUUGUGGUCGGAAACUUAAUUGUACAUUUCUUACAAUGAUAACACAACAUUAAAUUAUUUAGGUCUAUAAUGCUUUAUUACGGUUGCUGUUAGUUUAUAAACAUUAGAUUUUAUAUCGCUCCUACUAAUGUACUUAUUCUUGGAACAUAUCUGAAAAGUCAACAUUAAAACGAUAUUGCUGCUUGUGUUUUUAAAAGUAGUCUGGUAGAUGAAAUACGUGACGACAACAUAAAAAAACUUACACAUGCUUUACUCGAUACUAGAUUUAUAAGUAUUCAUGUACUAGACAACUUAAUAUUUAUCGUUAAAUGAAUUAAUUAUUUUGCAAGAUUUAUUUGUAUAUAUUAAGAAAGUGGUAGAUUUUUUAUUAUGUAACGUAUAAAAAUCCUAAAAUGAGAAUAUAAUGGUACAAAAGAAAUUCUAAUGAACAUUUUUUUGGCUGUAUAUGCAUUGUUAUUUUCUAUGUUUAUGUGUUAGCAAACAUCAUACUUACACCAGUUUAAACAAAACUAUGAUAAAUAUGCCAGUUUGUGCUGACAUUUUGGCAUCAAUUGCUACAGUUGCUUUGUUUGAAACACUUGUAGCCUGAAGCACGUUUUCUAGCAAUGACUAAGUUAGAAUAAUACAUGUCUGGUGGUUUAGUUUGAUUUCAAUAUAGACUUUAAUCCACUUAUGUGAUCCAAAAUUCUUUUGUAUGCAGGGAUUUCUUUUGGAAUCCAAAUAAAUGCAGUAGAAUACCUCACUGCCUUAUAGAACAUAGUUAGGUUUUCCCCCAGAUUCAAAUGGAUCAACUCAGAGCUAGCCUUAGGUGCUGUGGGCCCUUUACUUGUAAAAAGGUAGUAUCCCAUCCCAACAAUACGAAAAAAUAUAUAUAUUCUAUGUAAAAUAAACAAAUGUAUAAUAAUCAUCCUCAAUCACCAACUGUUGCUCAUAUGAUUUUCUUUUUUUCUUCAAUAAUCAUAAAGUAUUUACAAAAAUUUACAUAACAGUCUUGGUAUUGUUUUUUUUUUCUUAUGCAAAGGGCUUUAAAUUAUAAGCUAGAAAUGUCCUUGCAUAACAGUAAAUUUUUUGAUAACUUCAUAAUUGGAAGUAAUUCUUAAUUAGUAAAAUUUAAGACUAGUUUCCAACCUUGAAUAUCUCGGCAACAUCUAUGAUCAUCUUCUGCCAUUGUAGCAACAACAUUGAUAAUUUUCUGCGACUGCAGCAACAUACGCCAGCAUCUCUCAUGAUCACAGCAACAAUGGUGAUGUUUUUUACAAUUGCCAUGACUUCCGGAAGAAGGGGUUAAAUCGUUUUACUUGACACAAUGACGCAAAAAGAGGAAAAACAGCAAUUAUUAUUGGAUGUUAUUGGCAAUAAUUUAUAAUUAAAAUCUCUUCAGUCCCAUUCACAGUUAUUACUUUUUAUAAUUAUUUUCAGUUUUUUCUGUAAGCUCAGGGCCCUGUGCAGCAACACCCUUCCACAUGUGUCUAAGGGUGGCUCUGGAUCAACUUAGAUAGGUUGAUUCAAUGUUAAUAUUCACAUCACAAGUUGUAUACCCCUCAAUUUAAACUUGAAUCAUCUAAACCCCUAAAUCAAGGUUAGCUUUCAGUAAAAUCCUUGAAAAGUAAGGUUUAUAAAUAAUAAUAAAAUUAGCCUUUUUUUUAACAAAAUCAGUUUUCAAAUGCUAAAACUAUUGUCUCAUUUUAGCUUCUUUAUAAACACAUUUUUGAUAUGUAUAAUAAUAAUGAAAAUUAUAU